UCUUCGCGGAGCAGCUCUCCUGGCUGUCCUCUGUACACUCCCCCCCUCCUCCAUGUCUUUGUCCCAAAGAGUAGCGGAAUAAGAACCGACAACUGCCAGAGAAAAUGUCCGUGGUCAACAAAGCGAAGCGCAAGGAUAAGUGUGAGAACUGCACCAAACAGUGCAACAAGAAGCAGAGCGACGACGACGGCACCAACUCGCCGCCGGAGCGAGAUGAAGCCAACGGGCAGGUGCCUGAAGGCUCCGCUCUGCUGCUGAGCGCCUGUCUGUCCUGUGACGGCUGCCUGUCCGAGGAGGAGAGCCUGAAGAUCUCCGAGCAGAGCCUGGAGCAGGUGGAGCGGGUCCUGGCCCUCAACAAGAAGUGCGAUGUGUCGAAGCACAAGGUGCUGGUGGCGUCGGUGUGUCCGCAGUCGCUGCCUUUCUUUGCCGUGAAGUUCGGCGUGGACGUGAGCGAGGCCGCCCACAAGCUGUGCGGCUUCCUCAAGAGUUUAGGCGUGCAGUAUGUGUUCGACACCACGCUGGCGGCCGGCUUCAGUAUCUUGGAGAGCCAGAAGGAGUUCAUUCAGAGGUUCCGCAGGAGGCACCACGACUCCACGGCCCUGCCCAUGUUCACCUCCUCCUGCCCGGGGUGGAUCCGCUACUCUGAGCAUGUGCUGGGCAGCCUGGUCACGCCUCACAUCUGCACAGCCAGGUCUCCUCAGCAGAUCAUGGGCUGCCUGGUCAAAGACUACUUCUCGAAGCAGCAGAAGCUGAGUCCAGGGAGUGUGUACCACGUGUUGGUGGCGCCGUGCUUCGAUAAGAAACUGGAGGCGGUCCGAGAGGAGUUCUACAACGGCCUGCUGGAGUCCCGAGACGUGGACUGUGUCCUGACCUCAGGUGAGCUCUAUGACCUGAUGGAGCGGAGGAAGGUUUCAGUGGAGGAGCUGGACUCGGUUCCACUGGAUCACGUGCUGGGAGAGGCCGGGGACGCGGCGCUGGUGAGGCACGAGGGCCGCGGCUCGGAGGGCUUCCUGGAGCACGUCUUCAAACGCUCCGCCAAGGAGCUCUUUGGACUGGACGUCCACGAGGUCACCUACAAGUCCCUCAGGAACCGAGACUUCCAGGAAGUGACCCUGGAGCGUGACGGGGAGACGCUGCUGCAGUUUGCCGCCGUCUACGGCUUCAGGAACAUCCAGACCUUGGUGCACCGAAUGAGGAAGGGGCGCGUGCCCUACCAGCUGGUGGAGGUGCUGUCCUGCCCGGGAGGGUGCUUGAGCGGCCGCGGCCAGGCGGAGAGCGACGCGGGCGGCCGGGCGGAUAAAGACCUCGUCCAGCAGAUGGAGGAGGCCUACAGCAGCCUGCCGGUCAGCCUGCCGGAGGUCAACCCCGCCCUGCACACCCUCUAUCAGGACUGGCUGCAGGGCCACGACUCCCCGCAGGUCGCCGCGCUCCUGCACACCCAGUACAGGAGUCGGAGCCACACACAGCCCCCGCACAUGCAGUGGUGAGGGGGGGGGGGAAGAGAGAGAGAGAGAACGCCGCCUCUGGUGCAUGUCUUCCACGAGGCCACAAGGGGGCAGUGCCUGCAUUCUACAUGUGUGGAUCUCUUCUGCCAAACCUGAGCCCAGAGGAGCAACAAACACACAUUGAUUCCUGCAGAUCUGUCACGUGACCUGCUGCUCUGGGAAACGAGGAGAAAGAGACCUGUGACGCCACAGAGCAACAAGACGUGUGUGGACUUCAUGAACCCAACCUGCCGACGCCGAAUGCUCAGUCAUGAACUUCCAGGAGUCAUCCGCCCAAAAUAUGAAACGCGUUGUGUUCCUUUGUGUUAAAGUUGACACUCGACAACGUGUGUGUGUGUGUGUGUGCGUGUGCGUGUGCGUGUGCGUGUGCGCGCGUGCGUGCGUGCGUGCGUGCGUGCGACCACGUCCACCAGCCCGGUGGUUGGUUGGUUGGUCCCAGUGAAGAAUCACAGUCAUUGUUUUGUUUUUUUAACUGUACAAAAUGACUUUUUCCGUAUUGUCUUCCCAUUCCGCUGUCUAGUUACGUGUUGUACGUUUUUUGUUGUUGUUUUUGUGUGUGUGGCAAACAGAGUGUGGAUGAAGUCAUUGUUCACUGAAACAGCCUCUCAGGCCCGCAGAGUGAAAACCUUUCCAAGUUUUUGACAUUCAUGCUUUAAAACCAAACAGUCCUUUGUGCUAAA